AUGGAUCAACCAAUGGUAAGUCCAAGAAAUGUAACAGAAGGACAUGACGUAUCUAAUUUGAUUACUUUUCGGUAUUCAACAGAUUAAUAUUGUACAUUAUUUAUGAUUAAAAUGCAGUAUUACCUUCAUAAAGAAACUAAGGAAUAAAUACAAUGAGAUAAAAAAUAUAGGAUUCUGAUAGCAAAGCUAUACUGGAUGCUGGUUAAAAUAAUGAAGAAGAAGAACCAUCAAUAAGUUCAUCUGAAUCAGAGUAAAGUGUCAGUAAGAAGGGAUCUGAGACUAUGAAAUUAGGAUCUUAAAGUAAGGUUGAACAUGCUGAAAGAUAGUAUAAAACUGAAGAAUUGUCACCUGUAGAUGGAGGAUGGACUAAUAUUAUUUGGAAAAGAGGAUCGUUGAGAAUUAUGACAUAUGUUGUCAGAUUUGUUAUUUCUAUUCUAAUUAACUCAGAAAAAACUAAGUUCUCAUUUAUGAAUCGAAAAUAAUUCAAUGCCAUUAAUGAUAUUACAGGAAUUUAUCAAUUUUAUGAAGAGAAUAAACUCAUUAGAUAGAGAAUCAAAAAGAAAUUCAAAGUAAUCUUAUGAAUUAAAUUUAUAGCAAAUUCUUAAAUAAUACAUUUAAAAAAAUAUAUGUUACAAAGUAUUUAGAAAUGGAUUUGAAGCUCUACUUAAUAAAUGUCUUUUUGUUAUAGAUCCAUCAAGUACUGUUAAAAUAUUAUGGGAUUUUUUUAUGUUAUUUGUGCUAUCAUGGUAAAUGGUUUUUGUUCCUUUAAAAAUUUGUUUUUUUAUUGAAAUACAAGAUCCCAUCUUAAAUUUCAUUUUAAAUUACUUACCUGUUUAUGUAUAUUUAAUGGAAAUUGUUUUGACAUUUUUAACAGGCUUUUAUGAACAUGGAGUUUUAAUUAUGGAUUAAAAAUAAGUAGCUAAACACUAUUUUAAAAAAUCAUUCCUUUAUGAUUUAUUAAAUGUAUUGCCAUUAUUGGUAAGUGCAUAUUAUGUUUAAUCUAAUUGGUUAGAAUUUUCAGUUUUAAUUAAAAUUAAAACAUUAAAGUUUUUAUCGGAUUAAAUUGAAGAAGUAUUUGGAUUGAGAACUAAUUAUUAAACUUUAAUUGAUGUUUUAAGAUUGAUGAUAUAAUUUAUAUUUUUGUCUCAUUUAUUUGGUUGUUUAUGGCAUUACGUAGGAAUUCUCUAAGGAGAGUAUGGGUAAGAUGUACUUGAAUAACUUGUAGAAUUAUGAAUACAUGGAUAAACGCAUUGGAGUUGAGAGAUGAGAGUUGGUAGAUCAGAUAUAUCAACUCUAUAUAUUGGAGUUCGAUCACAACGUUGACUAUUGGAUAUGGUGAUAUAACUCCGUAGAGUAGUGUUGAGAAGAUAUUUACAGUAGGAGUAGCUGUAUUUAGUAGUGUUGUGUUUGCAUAUACAAUUUCUAGUAUUGGGUAAAUAUUCAGUCAAUUAAAUGAAAAUAAAAAGAAUCAGAGAUACAAAAUGAAUCUGAUUUAAUAAUUUAUUGGUUAGAGAGGAGUAAAUAAGUAAUUACAAAAUAAAGUCAAGAAAUUCUUUGAAUACUUUAUUCAGAUAGAUCAUUCAUAAGAUAGUGAAUGUGAAUUAUUAUUAAAUUCUUUGGAGCCAUCUUUAAAGAAUGAAUUGAAAAUAGACAUAUAUAAAAAAUACAUAAUGAAAUCUAAACUCUUUAAAUCUACUUUUUCAGCAGAGUAUAAUUAUUAAUUUAAAGAUUAGAUUUUUAGAUUGUCUUUGUUAAUUGGUUUAAGAACGCUAAUAUACACCAGAUGAAUAGAUUUGUGCAGCUGAUAGUUAUGUCGAAGAAUUGUGUUUUAUUUUGAAGGGGGAAAUCUCCUUGUAAAUUUAAUUGAAUAAUUGUAAUUAAACAAUAACAUUCAUUAUGUAGAAUCUGGUAAAUCACAUUAAAUUAGUCUCUUAAAAAAAAAUCAUAUUUUAGGAGAAAGAUUCUUUAUUACAGGAGAUAGAUUGCCCUAUGCAGGAAAAGCAAUUUCAGCUGUACGAGUUGCCUUUAUAAAUAAAAAUUAAUUCUUUAAUCUAUUGAAAUAGCACCCAUAAGAAUAAGAGAGAUUUUUGGAAGCUAAAAAUAAGGUUAUUUUAAAAGAGAGAGUUAAAGUUUAAGGUUGUGAGCUAUGCUAUUAGAAUCAUUAAGUUUUGUAAUGUCCAUUUGUUUUUUAUUAUCCUAAUGUUAGAGUAAUUGUUAAAAGAUAAGAAAACAUAACAUAAAAACGAUAAUUUAAAAAAAGAUCCUAUAUAAAAAGCCAUGUAUAUAUUUAUAUAUAUAUUAUGUUUUUAGAAAUCUCUAUAAGAUAGAGGUGGCAUUUAAUACUAGCUAAUAUCUUAUGCUUUAGAUAAAAAUUUAUUGCAUGAAGAAUCUCUUGAUGAAUCCUUAAUUAAAAAUAUGGAUUUAUAGUUUAUAGAACCUACAAAAAAAUAAUUAAAUAAAAUACAUACUGAUACUUCUGCUGAUUAAUAAUAAUUAGAUUAAUCUCAUCCAUUUUAAAAUUAAACACCUUUACGUCCUAGUUGUGAAUAAUUUAGUGAAGAUAGUGAAAUUGGAACGAGUAAAACAAAUAAAACUUCAAAUAAUGGAUUAUAAAAAUUAAUUACUAUUAGAUAAAUCUCACAAUAAAGUCAAAAUUAAUAAAACUAAUAAAAUUAACAAAAAAAAUUAGAUAAACUCAAAUAGAUGAGUUUCAAAAUUAAAAAAAAUGACUUUAGACCUCCUGAAAUUGUAGAAUUAUAAAAAAUUGAAGAAAUUCAAUCUUUUGAAUCACCUUAGUGUUCUGCCCAAAAAACAAAUUAAUAAUCUGUUUUCUUUCAUCUUAAUGAAAAUCUUAUAACAACAGAAUUAUAGAUUAAAAGAAUAUUAUGGGAAGAAUAUGUAUAAUCUCAAAUAAUUGAAGAUAAAGAGAGAUUCGAUUAAAAAAAGGAUUAUUAAUUGUUUUAUCCAAAUUGUAAUUUAGAUAAAGUUUUAGAUUUAAUUAAUAUUAAAGUCAAUUAAAGAAAAAAGUAAUAAUAAAAAUCAAGAUUGACUACUCUAGGUAAGAAUAGAUUAGGUUAAUUAUAAAAUAUAUCUGUAAGACCUAGAAAGAGUAUGAUAACAAUAGAUUAAGUAUUUUCGUAAGAAGAAGAUAGAUAAAAAAGUCUAAAACUAUGA